AUUUACUAUAGAGAAAAAUUAUUUAACGAUAAACAUCUAAUAUUUGUAUCCUCGCUUACCGUGCGACUACACACAUGACGUAUAUACGUAAGAUCGUCAGACGAGUGCGUAAAAUUCACAUCGAUCGAGAGUCUGACAAAUCGAAAACAUUGUCAACUUGUAAAGAAACCUCUGCAAAUACCGCACGGAUGCUAUUAUCCAUAGAUAAAGACGUUAUACACAUCAAUGAUUCUUCUUUGAAAUCACGGUCAAUGAAUAAUUAAAAAAAAAAAAAAAAAAAUAAAAAGAAGAGAAAAUGAAGAGAGGAACCAAUAAUAAUAGCCAUUCGUUCGUGUAAAGAAUUAAUUUCUGCUCGAAAGAAGGAAUAAAGUCAUGUGCUUCGUGAUUCAUUAAUGAUUACAUGAUAUUUAUAACACGCAUUUAUUAACACUCCGAUUAUCACCUGACUCACCUUGAACCAGCGACGAGUCUAAGUAACAGUGCAAACAUUCGCGAUCACGUGUAUCCUUCGCGUGAAUUCAAGUGCAGUUUGUUCGAAGGCAUCGCGGUAAUUAACAAUGAUCUCUGGGAUGCAAUUAUCACGAUUGAAAGAAAGCGCGAGUCUCGCGGGCGCCACAAUUAACUUUAUCAGUGGCGCCUGAAGAAGCGCCGUUAAAAGGAACAUAAAUUGGAAUAUGAGCUCCGCUUGAGUCUGGUGUUGACGCUCUGCGUUAACUAUCCUGCAAGUUCAUUAUACUCACGACGAGUUUGUAGUGCAACAGAAAUGGCUCAAUCGUUUCGCAAUGUCGUACAAAUUUUUCUCUUCCAAUGAUGAGUAAAAUACGCAACGUUACAGUAGUUUGAAAAUUCCUCCUUUUCGUCAUUAACUUUCGAAAACUUUUCAAGGCGAUCGAGUCGAGUGACGUAUUCGCGAGGCAUUCAUGAUUUAAGGAUCGAGCAGACUACGUACACUCACUUAAAAUACUCGCCGUCUGUAAAAAUUAUUCCAUAUUUUCUCCAUCGCGAUUAUGUAUAGAAAUAAGUAGAUCUUAAUCUCAUUGGGCAUCUUAUGCAUACAUACCUCGAUCAUUAGCAAUCGCUUAAGUUAAUGACACUUUGUUUAGUCGCAAGGGUAGAAGAAAUAAGAUGUCUGAUGUUUUGUACCAUUUAGAGAAAUAAAUUAUAUACUGUGAAUGAUUUCCUUUAAACAUUGACACCCUCGUACAAAAAGAAAAGCUUCUUUGUACGCUAUCGAUCAUAGGUUUGGCUAUACUUAUUACUAAGAAAAAUAUUCUUAAAUACUUACUAGCAUCCCAAUUUCAAUUCCUUACCUUACAUUUAUUUUACAUAUAUAAGUAUAAAAAAUAAAUUAAUAAUUGGAAUAUUUCGCAAACCAAAUUGUAUCCUUAUUAUUAUUUUGAACAAUUUUCUCAUUCUUGAUACUAAUUUUUCUAUCUCUCCUGUUUGCAUAUGUACCAACGUAUGCCUGUGUGCUGUAACAAGUUGCAGUCGAGAUCGAGAUAAUUCUCGCUAGUCGCAUAUCUGCAUCUCAGGAUCAAUCUAAUGAAGUCUAUCCGCAGCUGCGUCGAAUGCUAACAGGCUCGGGAGAGAGAGAAAAAUGCAAAAAAACUGGACAGCAUUUUGCGAACACUAUCAUUCAGGUCGUGUCCAGUGAUAACGAAGGCGGCGGCACUUUUAGUGUUGACGGAACGUUAGUUUACGUAAGAAAAUUUUUACACUUAGCUUACUUAUCAUUAUACGACAAGCGAACAGAAGCGGUUCAAUCGUCGCAUCGUCUGAGUCGUUUCAAUCUUUGGUCGUCAGGUAGAAGAAACAAUUGGAUAAAAUAAAAUCCGAAUAGUAGGUAUGUCGAAUUUGGAUGGAAGAAAAACCAAAAGCUUGAACAACAUCCCUGAAGUGUUCAAACGGCGCGAUCAUGAUGAGUCGAAAGUUUUAUCGAAAGUUUCUUUGGAAAACGUAGCCAGCGAACGAUUUAAGACUUUAAAUGUGAGAGGAGAGAACGCUUCUCCUUUUCCAAAGCUCGAAGUCAUAAAGCAAAGUGACAACGAUGAAUCGAGUAACACCGAGGACGAAGCGAACGAAGAGAAAAGAUUGAAAAAGCCAGAAGUGGCGAAGUUGGACGCCGAGGAUAAAAUAAAAGAUACUUUUAAGCUCGAUUUUUCAAAUGUAAGUUUGAAGAAACAGAAACAGAUUCUAUCGAUAAUUGACAGUUUUCUGUCGCUCAUUCUAAUCACUCCGAUGACCGUCGGUUUUUGGAGAGGGACAUGGACCUUGAUGGAUAUCUAUGCAGAUACGUUCCCGGAAUUGUUCACGUUCCUCUUGGGUAUUCUAAUUCACACGUGUUUUGCUAUUACGAGGAAUUUCCUGCACUAUCGUGUGCUCGAUAUAUCAAAAAGGAAAACUUGCCUGAAUAUAACCGUUUGCAAGAUCAUCCAAAUUUUAUACACAUACGUCUUCGGUAUUUCCUGCAAUAUGCACUGGAGGGGUGCUUGGAUUAUUUUCGACCACUUCUUCUAUUACAAUAUUUGGGUAACUGUAACCGCUACUUUGGCGCCAAUGACAAUUUUGGCGAUCUUUCGAUCGAUUCGUAAUGUUAUAGCCAUCCCUUCGGUGAUCAACGUCGACAUACUCACCUUCGUCUUUCGUUUUCCAACGAGGUAUAAGCUGAUUGUAUAUCUCCUCACGAGAGGAGACCUUAUCAAUUGGUAAAGUGAUCGAACAAAAUCUGCGAUGCCGUAUCACUUAAGUAUCGCAAUCGAUUGUCAAACGGUUCUAAAGCCGAAUUUUCAUUGGGAAUAUUCCGUGAAUAUGAUUCGUACGAUAAGAUUCGUGAAUUGUAAGAAUCACAAAAACACAUAUGAAUAAAACACGUAUUUUAAUUAUUCAAAUAUAAAAGAUGUGUUUGGUUAUUAUAUUAACGAUGAUAAAUGAUCUGAUCUGAUUCGAUUCGAUUAUCUACUGACCGAUCACAUAUAACGAUACAGAAAAAUAAAUUAUGAUAAUAUGAAAUUUACAAUUAAAAAAAUUGUCCCACUUAUCGGGUUUGUAGUAAGCUUUGUAUCACAACGUACGAUCUUUUAAUAUGGCGAAAGAAAGCUAUUAUUAGACUAUAAGGGUUAUCAUGUUAUCUGACAGGCACGUUAUCUAUUCAUUGACGCCUCUGAAUCGUGAAAAUCGUGUGCAUCUUAGUAGAACGAAAGAAUUGCAACAAAGAAUCUCACAGGCUUGAAAUGGGGGAGUAAGACUUGUAAUAAUCGAGGCAAAAUGAACUUUAAACUGAUAUUUUACAACUUAACUAAACAUGAAGAGCAACGUUGGCUCUAACAUUAGAUCCUGAUCCUUGUAGUUGAGAAUAUUGACAAUAUAUAUCAUAAAUAUAUGUAUUGAUGGUCUGAGAGCGCCCAUAGCCAUUUUUCGCAAAACAAAAGAAGAGACAAGAAUCAAUUAACAGUUUGAAGAACAACAUUCUUACGUGUUACGUUCCAAGGGAAGAUAUAAUUCUAUCCAUUGGAUGAAACAAAAGAAACAUAAAAUAAGGCAAAGAACAAGAGCUAACUAGCUAAUUUAAAAAAUAAAGAUCUUACUUGUGCAAUGACCAUUAAAAGUACGACGAUCCUAACGUAUCUCUGUGAUUCACAAUGGCAGCUUCGAUAUACAGAGUCGUAGGUGCCUGAGAUGCGAGUAGACGCUGGAAUAAUUUUUUCUCAACGUUCAACAAAAGGCUGUCACGAAGGAAAAAAAAAAGAAUAUGACAGGUCAAGGUAGAUGGUCGUAAUCCAAGCUUGAUUGGUGUACAAAAAGGUGGCGAUUAGCGAUGCGUUCGACAAAAGCCCGAUGAAACUGACAGACAGGAAACGCCACUCAAAAAAAUGAGGCUUCAAGGUGGUUCAGGUCUCUUCUCUUCGGCUACUAUCUUGUUUCUUAUCAGUUAACACCGGGUUUCCCGGAUUUGUUAAUUAGCGCCUGACUGUCGCGUAUACGUCGAUCACGAUUUACGUGACUGCCAUGCUGUAGGCUGAUAAAGUACACCGGUUCAGGUUCAAUUAAAAUUUCCUCCUUGCUACCAGUCCGCGAUAUCGUCUGAUGACACUAACAGCCGCUAAUUGCCGUUCAAGAUACUUGGACGAGGGAUAAACAUGUAUAUGAAAUGUUUUAGUAAAGCGUUAUUAAUAAUUACGAAUAGAAGGCGAGUAAAGUAAGACGAUCUUAAGUCGAUGUUUGAAUCGAAUGUCAUUUGAUUGAAAAAAAUCAUAAAUGAUCUUCGAAUCACGUAGGAAAAA